GCGCGCGAUUGGUCAACGCGACGACACGAAGACGCGAUCCCGAACGCGAUCCGGCCGAAUCUCGGCGGGAAUCUCCGUUCUCUCCGAGCGGCGGACACGAUCGGCCCGGCCCGGAAAAUCACGCGAGUUCUAACGUGAGAGAGAGAGAGAGAGAGACAGAGAAGAAGAAGAAGAGAGAGAGCUACCGCCGUCGUUGGUGCGACACCCUGGUCGAGAGCCACCGCUCGUCGGUCCCGUGGUCAACGCGCUCUGCCGCUCUCCCGUGGUGUCGUGCGACUUUGGACACCGUCGGCGCGUCGCGACGGCGACGACGGCGGGCCGUGACGCCAGCCGCGCGCGAGCGAUUCCGCUUUGUGCUCUGCGAGGACCGCCGAAGAGAGAAACUUGCCUGGACGAAAGGGAAGAAAAGGAGGAGAGAGAGAGAGAGCUCUCGGAGCGCGCUCUCGUCGUCGGCUGUGAUUCUCGUCUCUUCAAGAAACGUCCUCGUCGAGAGGAGUGAAGUCUUCGAGAGGAGGAGCGGUCCCUCCGCCUUCGACGGGGGAGGAAGAGGCGAGGAAGCGGAGGGACAACCGCGAGUGUCGCGACGAAACACCGACGGAUUAUUAAUCCUCGAGGAACGCGCGCGUCCGAGAAGUAGAGAGAGAGAGAGAGAUUCACGUCGGAUUCUCAGGACUGGCCAAAAACGCGGGCCCCGUCGCUAUCGUUCUCUCGCUAUCUCUCUCGCUCGCGCGGCGUUCCUAAUUUUCCCAAAAAUAUAACACCGCGGCGCACACGGCCGCGCGAGCGGCACGCUCUCGGACGCGCCGCUGGACGUAGGUGGAAGAGGAUGCGACGAACUUGACAGCCGGAAGCGUAUUUCUCGCGACACUUUCGCGCGCCACGGAUGACGCGGCCGGUGUGUCUCGCUCAUUGCGAUCUCCCUCUUUCCAUUUACCUGCCUCUCUAUCUUUAUCUAUCCAUCUAUCUCGCAUUCUCCUCCCCUCCCUUUCUCUCUCUCUCUCUCUCAACGUCGACGCGCGAUGAGCGAUUAUUCCCGGUGGAACACGGCCGUAAGGUGAAUCGGCACGCUGGCCGGUGAACCGCGAAACCGCCGGCUAUAUUUAUUUAUAGUGACUCGAGUAGUUUCGCGGCAAUUCUUUCCGCGAUCCGGCCGCUUCGUCCGCGACGAUAUCCGGAUCGAGUUGGGGGCGGGCGGUCGCGAGGAUCAUCGCGGAGGAUCGUGAUGAAUCGCCGAUCGUCACGGCGCGAUCGGCCGCUGCUCGGGGAGAAGCCGCGGCUGUGCGACGACGUUGAUGCGCGACGAGGGUGAUACCGCCGAGGACGAGCAGUCGACGGACCGGUGGUUGCGGUUGGUAGCUGCCGAAAAUGAUGUUCACCGGUGGCUCGCACGCCAAGAGGCGGAACGCCGGCGGCGGAAGCGGCGGUAGCGGUGGCGGCUCGACUUCCAGCAGGAAGGCCUUGCUGGACCACCGGAACUCCUCGGCGCGCGCCGGCACCGAAGGAUACACGUACAGGACGAGAGUACCGACGUUCCUGAAUCCCACGGAGCUGCCGCCGACCACCUCGGCUACGAGCAAGACCUAUGUCUACAAGACCCGAGUUCCUCGGAGGGACGCCGCGUCGUCGGCGACGAUGUCCCCGUCGCGGGAAAACAAGAACAUCGGACGCGCCAUCACGAGAAGGAGGGGCGCCGUUAAGCACAACAAGGUGCACGUUGUGCGCGGUCACAAGCUCGUGGCGAAGUUCUUCAGGCAACCGACGUUCUGCACUUUCUGCAAGGACUUUUUAUGGGGCUUCGGAAAGCAGGGGUACCAAUGCCAAGCGUGUCAAACGGCGGUGCACAAGAAGUGUCACGACAAAUUAUUGACGAAAUGUCCCGAAAGCGGCAGGGAAUCGGAAAAUACGAUAUACCUGAGGGAGCGUUUUAAGAUAGAUGUGCCGCACCGAUUCCGAACACACACUUUCAUGUCGCCGACCUUCUGCGACCACUGCGGCGCGCUGUUGUACGGAUUGUUCCGGCAGGGUUUAAAAUGCGACGCCCGGAACCGGCUGCGCCGGGACCGGCCGACCAUCAAGAUCCGCUCGCAGGCGCUGAAGGACAACCCGGUGUUGCGCGAGCACCACGAGCGACACGAGAAGUCGGUGGGCGAGCUCCUGAUGGAGAAGUUCCUCAUCAAAGACAUCAAGAAGAUCUCGUCGGACGAGGAGCAGCCGGUGCGGCUGUACCACCAGGCCAGCCUGGAGAGCGACGAGAGCGGCGAGGCGCUGCAGAAGCGGGUCACCCGUAGGUUCACCCGGCGGCGCUCCUCCACGGACCUCGACCAGGAGCAGCUGCAGCGGGAGGCGACGUACGCGCAGGUGCAGGCGAAGAUGUUGGACAGCCUGGUGGCGGAGGAGCAGGCGCAGAUCGAGAGCGAGGCGCGUCGCGGCACCCUCGUCAGGAAGGGGACCGUGAGGGGUCCGGGGGUGAACGGUCACUCGUACUACUCGAACAACUCCGCCGAUUCCGACGCGAUGACGCGCGUGGAGGAGGAGGCGGCCGCCCAGAGAGCGCGGAAGGCCGCGAAGAAAGCGAAGAGGAAGAAGAAACCGUCCGACAAGCCGUCGCCGCCUGAUAACAGGCGGUCCAGCACCUCCAGCGAGGUAUCCACCGACUCGAAGAACGAGGAGGAGCUGGAGGAGAACGGCCCGCGGCCGCAGAUGUACAAGAUCGAGGCGUGCAACAGCGUCGGCGACUUCUCCACGAUCUGGAUGAACGCGUCCGAGAAUGAGCGCAAGCUCGGCGUCGAGCAGUUCCGCGAGAGCGUCAGAGUGCCCAUCCCCAGGAAAGCCGGCGGCCCGGACGCGAAAAACACGGACGAGGCGGAGACGCGGAUCGUAUUGCCGGUGAGGAAGCCGUACGUCAAGGACUCGUCGAGGAACAGCGUGUAUUUGACGAUGAAGAAGCCGCCGGAGAAGUUCCACGACGAGAGGCUCGACGAGAAGCUCGACGAGAAGCUGGGUGCCGAACUCGGGAUGGAACGUUUGGCGAACGGCUUCGUCGACGCUCCGACGAAUCUGGUCCCCGAAGACGACGUCGUGAAGAGCUCGAUGCGCCACGAGGAGCCGGCGAAGUUGAACGGCGAGGCGCGGCCGGCUGAUGACGUCGAGGACGCAGCGUUCAAGAGGAGUGCGGGGAAGCUUAAGAGCUCGGAAGAGCCUCCGGCGAAGAAGAGGGACGCCACCCCGAAGAGCUUGGUUAACGACGUCAAACGAAACAACGUUAUCUCCAAGACGAAGGAUGAUGAAGCGAGAGAAGCCGAUGCGAAAAGCGAGUCCUUGAAGAGUACCGGGAUGAUGAAUGCUUCGUCGAGUUCCGUCGAACCGGCCACUUCGACGAGCAUUUCGACGCAAACGAGAUCGAAAUCGGAGUCGUCCAAGGACGCUCUCGAUGCGAAAACGAAGAAGGACAACGAGAGUCGGAAGAGCGAAGACGCAACCGGCACUGCGAAGAAGAAGAACCUUGAAGCGAUCGCUGCAGUCAGGACGAAGACGCCGCAGGCCGUCGCUUCGUCCAAGGAUACUCUUGACGUGAAUCUGAAGAAAGAGAAGGAGAAUCGAAAGAACGAGGAUGCUACUGACGCCACGAAGAAAAAUCUGAAAGCGAUUCCCACGACUGAAGCGGUGGAAGCUCUCGUCUGUUCUCAGGAUUCUCUCUCUGCGAACGUGAAGAAAGACAACGAGAAUCGAGAGGACGAGGACGCUGUUGAUGUCACGAAGAGAAACCUGGGAGCGAUUCCCGCGACCAAAACGGAAGCGGAAGCUCUCGUCUCUUCCAAGGAUUCUCUCUUCGCGAUCAUAAAGAGAGACAACGAAACCCGGAAGGACGAGAACGCUACUGGCGUCACGAAGAAGAACCUGAAAGCGAUUACCAGGACUAAAACGGUCGAAGCUCUCGUCUCUCCUCAGGAUUCUCUCUCCGUGAACAUGAAGAGAGACAACGAAACCCGGAAGGACGAGAACGCUAUCGGUGUCACGAAGAAGAACGUGGAACCGGUCACCACGAUUAAAACGGCGGAGGCCGUCGUCUCUCCUCAAGAUUCUCUCUCGACAACGAGAGACAACGAGAAUCUCCCAAUCGCGACUGCGACGAAGAAGAACCUGGAGAGGGCCAGUGCGGCCAAGACGAAGACUUCGGAAGUCCUCGUUUCGGCCAAGGAUAUUCUCUCCGGGACGGUGAGGAAAGACGAGGAGAAUCGAAAGGACGAGAUCCCGAGCGGCGCGACGAAGAGGAAGCUGGAAGCGUCGGCGAAGACUCCGGAAACAGUCGCAGCUUCGAGGAUGGACAAGCUCGCGCAGGAGGAGGAAGCGCGAGGCGCGUCGGACGCGCCAAAGGUCCCGGCGACGUCGCACGAGGACGUAACAACGACGACGACGAGGCGGAGCGUUCCCACGAACGCUGGCGAUACGCGUGAAAACAGCGCCAGCAUCGCGACGUUGAUGCCCACGCCGAACACGAGCGGUCUGCCAAAGGCAUCUAAAAUUAAUGCGGAUAGAAAUAAUGCCGUAGAAGCGCCAGAGCUUUCGUUACGACGAGAGUCGGCGGCGUACCUGGCAAGCAGAUCGCCCGCGUACAAGAGCGAACGCCGCGUCGCCGCGGAGGAAGACGCGCCGGUGAACGCGUUGCCGGGAAAGAACAAAGCGUCGGACUUGGCGAGGAGGAACGGCCGUCCCGACGCACCCCCGAAGACAGCCAUUGGCGUAGACGAAGCGGCCGCCCGCGGGGACGACGCGGCGGACUCGAAGAGCACGACCUUGCCCGCGAACGGCGAAGUGCGCAGCAACGAGACAGGGAAGGCGGGAGAUGUCAAGCCGACGAGAGACGGCGGUUUGACGGGAACGCCCAGGUACAAAUCGGGAGCAGCGUCCCCGGAGACGAUCUCCUCGCCGGCACCGCCGGCGAGGAGCGAGGCGGAAGCGACGAAGGACGCGACACCCUUGAAGAUCGACGUUAAGAAGGUCAGUGCGGCGAACGUGGCGAAGGACUCGUCGAGGGACUCCGGUGUGUCCAGCGCGAAGGCCGGCAAAGCAUCGAAGCUCGGCGGCGCGGAGUCCAGGUUCCCCUUCAAGGUGAAAACUCUCCAGAAGGCGAGCGAGGCCAGCAAUGACUCGUCGGCGGGGAACGACGAUGGCAAGGCGCCGAAAAUCCUGAAGAAGAGCACGUCCGUCAUCGCCGACUCGACGGGCGAUCCUUCCAACGCGAACCUCCCCGGCAGGGCGCUGCGACAGUGCGCGUCGGUCGACGAGAAGGCUGCGGGCAAGAGCAUGCCGGUGAAGAAGCCGGUGGAGAAGCCGCCGAGCAAAUUCCCGAGCAAGGUGCCGGAGAAGAAGAAGCCGGCGAUCGAAUGCGCGAAGCCGAGCGGACAGCUGUCCAAGAGCGCGUCCACCGAGUCCAUCGACUUCUGGAGCGAGAUCAAGGCGUCGGACAGCCCGCGGGCGAGCAGGUCGAAGCAGAGCGUCGGGAUCGAGCGGAAGGCGGAUCCGAUUUCGGGCCCGAAACGGGUAUCCGGCGAUUCUCCGGCUCGCGGGAAGCCGGCGAUAAAAGAGCUCGAGGGGAAAAAGAACGAGGGCGACGUUAAAAUAAGCGUCGCGCCCGGCGCUACGGCGGCAGUCGGCGACGCCGACGAAGAGAGGAAGGCGGGAGAGAAAGCGGCGGAGAAGAGCGCGCAGCAGACGAAGGCGCCGCGGGUGAAGAAGAAGACCGGCAACCUGUCGAUCGCGAUCGGCGCGAAGGAGCCGAGCUCGACCGUGAAGAAGGCGAGGCCGGCGAAGCGCGAGGACAGCUCGCCGGCCGAUUCCGACGCGACGCCCACCCAGAGCGACUCCUCCUCGACGGUGUCGACUCCGCUGGCGGUGCCGGAUAUGCCGGCGAUCAGCGUCGAGGUGCCGAAGGAUCCGAACGUCGAGGUGGUGCCCGACGGCCAGAACGUUGAGGAGCACGACGACGUCAGCACGCCUACGAACGAGCUGCCGGACCCGACGAAGAUCUCCAAGUGGAGCAACCAGGACGACCUGACGAACACGGACGACGCCGAGACCCCGGUGGCGUCGGAGAAGGCCAGCUUGGCGGCCAGCCCGGCCGUCAGUCCGCAGUCCUCGAGGACGAAGCGCGCGGCGAAGAAGAAGAAGCCGUCCGGAAAGAAAUCGUCGGCGAAGCCCGCCGACAAGGAGACGAGCAAGCUGGCCGGCAACGAGGUCGGUCAGCAGAACCCGCCCACGGCGAAGCCGCUGCUCUCCAACAAGCUGCUUCUGGCGAAACCGUCGCCCAAGGGCUCGCCGAUGUGCAGCCCGAGGAACUCGCCGUCCCAGCGGCCGCUCGAUCUCAUCAAGAUGUUCUACACCACCCCGUCGGCGCUGCUCACCGCGACGCCCCGCGACCUCUCGAAGGUCAGGAGGGCGAAGAUCGGCAAGCAGCGGCGUAGGCUACACUCGAGAACACCGUCCGUCAGCAGCGACAGCACCGGCAGCACCACCAGCAGCACCGCCACCACCGAGAGCACGGACGGGAGCGGCUCGACCUGCACCGAGCUGGACGACGACGCCGAGCACAAGCGAAUGAACUCGACGAGGAGCAACGAUUCUGGGUUCGACGGCUCGCCGAGGAUCUCGACGCCUUCGCAAUCGUCGGACAAUCAGCGCAAUUCGGACUCCUCGGAUCACUUCUCGAGCGGCCGGAUAACGCCGCCGGCGACGAACCUGCCGAGGUUCAAGAAAUACGCGGUGACGGACUUCAACUUCCUCAAGGUCCUGGGCAAAGGCAGCUUCGGUAAGGUCCUGUUGGCCGAGCUGCGCGGCACGGAGUGCGUGUACGCCGUCAAAUGUCUGAAGAAGGACGUAGUCCUCGAGGACGACGACGUGGAGUGCACGCUGAUCGAGAGGAAGGUGCUGACGUUGGCUACGAGGCACCCGUACCUCUGCCACCUAUUCUGCACCUUUCAGACCGAGUCGCACCUAUUCUUCGUCAUGGAGUACCUGAACGGCGGCGACCUGAUGUUCCACAUACAGAAGUCCGGCCGGUUCCCGGAGGCGCGGGCGCGCUUCUACGCCGCCGAGAUCUGGUCCGGCUUGAACUUCCUCCACAAAAAGGGCAUCGUCUACCGGGAUCUCAAGCUGGACAACGUGCUGUUGGACUUCGACGGUCACAUCCGAAUCGCGGACUUCGGCAUGUGCAAGCUACAGAUCUUCUUGGACAGAACGGCCGACACGUUCUGCGGCACGCCAGACUACAUGGCACCGGAGAUUAUAAAAGGACUCAAGUACAAUCAAGCCGUGGACUGGUGGUCGUACGGUGUCCUCCUGUACGAGAUGCUGACCGGCCAGUCGCCGUUCUCCGGCUGCGACGAGGACGAGCUGUUCUGGAGCAUUUGCAACGAGCGGCCUUUCAUACCGCGCUACCUGAGCCAAGAAGCCACCGACAUCCUGGUCUGCCUGCUGGAGAAAGAUUCUGGGAAGAGACCGCCCGGCCACGAGAUCGCUAUGCACGCCUUCUUCCAGCACUUACCGUGGGAUCGGCUGGAGAGGAGACAGCUGGAAGCGCCGUUCAAGCCGGCGCUCGAGCACACCUUGGACACGAGGUACUUCGACACGGCGUUCACGACCGAGCGUCCGCGGCUGACGCCGGUACCCGAGCAGAUCCUCACGUCGAUGGACCAGGGCGUCUUCCGCGGCUUCUCCUACACGAACCCGAACGCGACGGACUGAUGUGCGACAGCCGGCAGAAGCGGGAGGAAAGGCGCGAUGGCAUGUAGCCUUCGGUCACCAUCCAUUCUCCUCUUCGCGGACAUUCUCGUGUUAUCCAACAGCGAGAGGGGAAAAAAGAGGAGGACGCCUCGUAUUGUUGUUGGCUCGCGCAGAACCCCGGAGGUUCUCAGCUUACACCUUCGGCGCAGGGAACUCGCGAGGUGACGACGCAGGAGGGGGAGUAGGAAAGCAAGCUCCGGUCGCACCUCGGAGAUGCGUAAAGCACGCGAGGAAGCCGCCAAGACGUGAGACCGUCCAAAGACGCGAUGAGGCGUCUUGGAGGCGACCCGGUGGUCGAAUAAGAAAAAGCACGGAGGGAGACAGCCGACCGGCCAGCUCGCAACGAAGAUCGCACUUCUGUCGUCGAAUGUUCCUCAAAACCUACAGCCGACCCGUACGGAUGUCGAGCGUACACAAGUGAGAAUACACCGGCCGUCCCGCGACCAACGCGCGGCGUCUCGACAGCGGAGACGCUGAUGACCGCCGGCUUACGGGGAACAAAUGAUUCCGUAAAUGAACUUUCCUGGACCUCACUCCGAGUUGAGUCGGCCGGACGUAACAGUUGCUACAAAUUACUAAGACUCGCGAUAUUUCCUAGGACACCCGUUAUAUCCUGCCCGACAAACUCGGGCCGGGUUUCAGCGUCGCAGACGUUGAAAGAGAAAAAUGUCAGGGAGGAGCUUUCGCUCGGUCAAUUGCCGUCGACCGAGUUCCGACUCGCGGACGAAUGUUCUCGGUCGCGGUGACACGUCGAUCUUCCCGAUUACCGUUGAAUUUUCGCUCGGUCUCCGCAGUCUCAGUCGCAGCAACUGCGUCUUCGUCGGCGCGCACGUGGGGAACGUCGCGCGUUGGUCACGGGGGAGAAAGGAGGAGGGAGGGUUGUGAGAGGCGCACCGUAUAGAUUUUUAUAUCGUAGACGUAUAGGACGCAAUUAGAGAGACAAUAUGUUGACGACUGUGUGCGUGCAGUUGACGAUGUUAUUUAUUUAGCUCAGUGAAUUGUUUUCGUAGUCGAAGCGAUCGAUGAUCGUGACUCGUGGUCGCCACCGUUGGUAGUCAGAUGUACUUCUAGUCCUUUGUGCCCGACGGAGGCCUCCGUCGUUGUCGACGUUGAGGGGGAGAGGAAUAAUAAACUCGGGGCGAUAGAGAGAAAGAGAGAGAUGGCCGAUCGCGAGAGAGACGUCGACGACGCUCGACGGAGGAGGAGGAGGAUCGAUCGUAGGAGAAAAUGAAUUAUACAGAGAUCGUUAGAAACGUCGGUAGACACGUGCGUGUUUUAUUCAGAUGUGUAACGUUAGAAUCACGAAGGCUCCAGCUCUCCGUAGCGAUAGACACGCAUACAUACACACACACACAUACACAUACGCGCGCGUUUGUGAUAAAAUUUCUCAGUCUCGGCGGUGAUUAUUCCGCUCCCGUUCCCGAGCGCACGCUUUCCGCAUUCCUGCGAGCGUGAAAAGCGUGUCGCCGGUGCGCGCGGCUCCUCUCGCGGUGUAAAUUUCGGCGAUGCGUAAUUACCUGCCGCCGCUUCUCCGCCACGUAGUUAUUAUAAGUCCCGGCCUCACGUUACCGCGCCGGCCGGGUUAUUAAUACAUGAAGUGCCUUAUUAUUUUGGCCGCGAUGGAGUCUCUCGAGUGUUUUAUUCGGGCGGACACUCGCUUACGGCGCUCGCCCGGCUCGAAUCGCGCUUUUCUUUUCGCGCCGCCUUUUGUUUGCUCUUUUCCUCUUGUCUCCUCUUCGUCUUUCUCUCUCUCUCUCUCUCUCUCUCCCUCCUCACCUCGCUCUCACGCGAAUGAGUCGGCUUGGUCGCCGGCUGUUUCCUUCUCUCAUCAUUCUAUCUUACUUUCUCUCUCUCUUUCUUUCUUUCGCUCGCUCGCUCGCUCUCUCACCUCGCGAAUAACAUCCGUUUCGACUUUCCUGCUUUCUUUUUCUUAUCUCUCGUCGUCUCCGCCGAGUCUCGAAGCGCGGUUCGAGUUGCGCUUCAUAUUUCGCAUCCCGGCUCUCCGCGACUUCCUUCCGCUCGCUCCCCUGUUCUCUCCUUUUUAUUUCCAACUUCCGUCGUUAGAUUUUUCCCUUCCCUCUUAAUUAUACUCUUUUUCUCUCUCUCCCUUUCUCUCUAUCUCGCGUACGUGCAUGUAGCUUCGUCCAUCGCGCGCGCUCCUCGCGACUUGUUUUUCCUUAUUCUCCUAUAUCUUUCGCGCUCUCGCUCGCGCACACUUGGCUCCGCGCGCUCGCCGCGCGCUAACUUUAGCUCGUCGAGGAAUUGGCAAACCGCGCACUCAGCAGCAUCCGCCGAGAUGAAAGUGAUGGGCUGUCGUAAGAUCGCCGCGGGGUCACCGUGGCUCUCUAUAUAAACACCGAGUGUGCGCGCGCGCGGAGGAAGAGACGGGAAAUAACGGCGCGUUCAGGCGGUUGAUUGAUUUUCUAAACGGUUAAACGCGAUGCCGCCGAGGAAGAUGUCCUAACUAACGAUGGGAGGGUGCAUCCGACUAACGGGAAAUCCGAGCCGAAGAAGCGAUCUCGAUCGAGCUCCCGAAUGGUCUUCUUGCUGAAACCAGGAGCAAAUAAAAUAUCGAGACAGAGGGGGAGAGAGAGGGAAUAGAGAGGGGGGACGGGGGGAGAUGCUGCAGGAACAAAGGCUCGGACUCACAACAGGUGUAAGAGCGGCUUUUACCGAACUCGUAUAUUAUUUAUUAAGUUUAUAUAUGGAUAAUAAUAAUAAUUACCACAACACUAAUUUCCAGUAAUCAAAAAGUUAAUGAUUUCUACCUGCGUGAAUAAGAUGGAGCAGGUAUUUAACUGACAAUGAUUUUAAAGGGGUAUUCUGGCUUGAAAGGUCGUGAAAAGGGUAUUUUUCGGGAAUUGUUUGUAGGGAAACUAAAAGCCGAAUAACGUCAGACUUUACAUGUUUUUUUUAGCCUUACUUUAGGAAUAUAAUUUUAUUUUUCAAGUAACAAAAACACUUUUCUUUUUUAUGUUAUAUCCAGAUCAUUAGAAGCUUGCAACAACGCGUAAGAACGGUGUAAAUGAUUUUAGUCUUUCCUGAAAAUUUUGUUAAUAUUUUAUUAAAAAAGAAAAAAAAGAACUGAUGAACGUAUAAUGUUUAUUCUAAUUCGGAUGAUGAACAUGUCAUCUAUUUGCAAAAGAAAAUUUCAAGUCGAUAUUUCAAACGGUUUCGGAAGAAACCGUUGAUAUUUUACGUCUGUAUGCGUUUUUUUUACGAAUUGCUGAUGAGCAGGAUGUAAUAUAAAGAGCGUUUUUAUUGCUUAGAAAAUAAAAAUAUAUUCCUAAAAUAAGGCUAAAAGAACGUGCAAAGUUUCACGUUAUUCGCUUGUUUUAUUUCCCUACAAAACAUUCCCUUACGAACAACAUCCUUUUUGUGACCUUUCAAACCACAAUACCUCCUUAAACCGUUCAUUGGAUUAAUCGAAGUUUGAUAAAAGUCGCCUUAAGCAUUUAGCCUUUUCUCGGAGCACUAAAUUCUAAUGUAAUUUCUAGCAGAAAGCGUUUCCAGACGUCGUCGCGAUUCCGAAGACUCAAAUUACACCGCGACUUUUGGCAGCGGAAACGUCUUUUUGUCGGAAACCGCGUUACACAUUAACGCUCCAAGCAAAAAAGGUUUGCUAUACCUAUUGUAGAUCCGAACUAAGAGCAACUCGAAGGCGCCGCACAUGACGACGUGCAGCUUCCACGAAGCCCAUCGCCAAGCGAGACGAGGGUGCACGCGUGGGAGACGCGGACUAAUAGGGAAGAGCGAGACGAGAAGAUCGGCGCCAAAGAACGAGAAAUUAAGAUCGGAGACGCACAAGAGGAGGGGGGGGGGGGUUGUAGGAGGCGGUGGCAAAAAGCGACGCUUUAAGAGGUUCGGUCAAUGGUCCCUGAAUCUGCGAAUGGCCUGUACUACUCGGCGAUCCUAAAGCGAACGCCACGAACGAAUGCUCUGCGCGCGAACUCGAUCCGGAAAUCUAUCCAAUAUCGACCGUUUGUUCAGGCUGAUCCGCGUCAUCGAGCGCCAGUCGAGCCGAUCCAAUGCCGAUUGGCCGAGACUCCGUAAGCUCCGGAAGUUUCGUCCGAUUCAACAGAGGAGCCGUUAAAAGAGAAGCAAGAUAGAAGACACGAAACGGCCGAUGAUAAAGCGGAGAUCGGCGCAAUCGCUGAAAAAUCGUUCACAUCGUUCGAUUCGAAUUAGGGGGUUUCCAGUGUUUUUGUAUAAUUACUUGAUAUAGACACAUUGUCGUAUUUUGUAAAGAAACCGAUGUUCCCCGAGGAAGAAAGGAAUAAAGAUGUAUAUCUAUUCCACGUUU